AUGCCACAUGGUCGCGCUUAUGCAAUGAAUAUGAGCCAAGCCGUUGAGUACAACCCCCAUCUCGAGACUGUUCGGGAAGCUUGGAAAAAGAACCUCGAGGUCCCAUUCUACGGCAUCACACACGAUGGAGAAAGGAAAGAGGGCUUGAGAAAGUGGAGUAAUCCAGAGUUUGUGUUACAUAAAUGCGGCGUGCGCCUCGAAGACCUCGGAGAAUCGAAAACCGAGGCCAUCAUAGGUCUUUUGAAGCAAUCUCUGAGCCCAGGCGGCUUUGCCAAGGUUCGAGGGGCAAUGAAAGUCAACAAGUUCUUGGGAGAAAUUUGUGGCAAAGAAGUCAUCUUGAACGAACACAGUUACUCGUUCACGUUGUUCGGCGUACCCUCAGAAACAGAGCCCUGGGGUUACAUGCUGUUUGGUCAUCAUCUAUGCUUGAACGUUUUCAUCGCUCGUCAGCAAAUGGUGAUAGGACCAGUAUUUAUCGGGGCUGAGCCAAAUACCAUUGACGAAGGCCCCGACAAGGGUCUCACGCUGUGUGCCAACGAGGGCCAGCUGGGCUUGCAGCUAAUGCAGUCUCUACCUCCAAAGCUGCAACAGGCAGCUCAAAUUUAUCCUACAAUGAAAGAUCCCGCAAUGCAAGAAGGUCGGUGGAACCGAGCCGAUCAGAGACACAUGGCUGGAGCUUUCCAAGACAACCGUGUGAUUCCUUACGAAGGCGUCGUCGUCACGGACAUGACCGAGGAGCAGCAGAUACUUAUCAUGGCUAUUGUGCAUGAGUUCUUGGCUCUGUGGCCAUAUGAACCACUCCGCCACCGCCUGAAGCAGAUACUCAAGCACCUCACCGAAACGCACUUUUGUUGGAUCGGCGGGUUCGGACCAGAUGACCCUUUCUACUACCGAAUUCAGAGCCCGGUGGCGCUUUUUGAGUUUGAUCACCACUCGGGGGUCUUCCUGACCAACGAAGAGCCCGCCAAGUAUCACAUCCACACGAUACAGAGACUUCCGAAUGGCAAUGAUUAUGGGAGGCAACUGCGGGAAUCGCUCCGACCUCGAUAG